AUGGACAGAGAUCCACAUGUAUGUGUUAUGGGUGAAGAYGUAGGUCAUUACGGAGGCUCCUACAAAGUAACCAAAGGCCUUGCUGAUAAAUUUGGAGACCUCAGGGUUCUCGACACCCCUAUUUGUGAAAAUGCAUUCAUUGGAGCUGCCAUGACUGGUCUAAGACCUGUCAUUGAAGUCCAUCCCUGGGAUCCAGAUGGUUGCUUGCUCGACUCCUUACAACGCCAAAGGUUUGAUGAAAGCCGCGAGAAUCCCGUGAUUCUGUUCGAACAUGUCCUACUCUACAAUCUCAAAGAGACAAUCCCGGAAGAAGAAUACAUCUGUAAUCUUGAAGAAGCUGAGAUGGUUAGACCCCGCGAGCACAUUACCAUCCUCACUUACUCGCGGAUGAGGUACCAUGUGAUGCAGGCAGCAAAAACUCUGGUGAACAAAGGGUAUGACCCUGAGGUUAUCGAUAACUAA